AUGGAGAGUUCGGCAACUAGACAAGCGACUGUGGUCUUCAGUAAUAUCCGGAGAGACCAAGGCGCGCCUGCAACUAUUCAGAGUGCUGUCUGCUUGCGGGAGGAGUGCUCCGUUUGUGUUAAAUGGGAUGAGGAGCAGGCGGCCUUGCGCAAAGCUCAGGAGGAAGAGUACAAUACGGAAGAGAGCGACGAAGAUUCAGAACUCAGCGAUCCAGAACCACAGACCAAGGAGAGGGACGACUCACCAGAAGGAUCGGGGUUGGAAUCAGAAGAUUCGGCGUCGGAAUCAGAAGACGAGGAGCCACCGACGAAGAAGGCGAGGACAAGCAGGGCGGCAGCGAAAAAGGCUGCUGUCAAGAAAACUGCAGUCCAGAAGAGCGCAGUGACGAAAAGUGCCGUCAAGCAAGCUGCAGCAAAGCAAGCCGCAGUAAAGACCCCCGCAGUGAAGAAAGCCGCAGCAAAGAAAGCCGCAACUGUUCCAGCAGUACCCUUAACAACAGGCCCACAAAACCCUCUAGGUCCAGGUCUCCGAAUGUGCCACACAGAUCAACUCCAAAUCACCGCGACCAACAUCGACUGGAUCGGUACCGCCRGCCUCCGGGCUCAGACCACUGAUCUCUACUAUAUCGCCGAAGACCACGCCAGCUAUCUAUAUGGCGGCCAAGUCUUCCAUGUCACUUUGCCAGAUGGUACGAUCGUGGAGGUCAUGGGUUGCGUCAGGGCCAGAUGUCAGAGUGAUAACAAAAGUGGAAUCGCCGCGGAUUUUGCGAAUAGUCCGCUUGCUGGACGACCUUUUGUUCAUAGGAGGGAUCUUACGGUUAUUAAUGGCUUGUCGACUUUUACGCCUGGGGCGUUGCAGGCUAUUGAGACUUUCAGGCCGGUUAUACAGAUGCAGAGUAGGCAGGUGAGAUUUGCGAUUGCUGGGAAGACUUUGCAGACUCGUGUUUGUGUUGCUGGAGGAUGCCGCAAAUGUGGCUAG